AUGUCGUCGCGGCUGGCGCGGUCCACUGUGCAACGAGUGUAUGGUGUAUCCUGGUUGCAAGCAUGGUUCGUGUAAUGGCAGCGCCUGGAAAUGCGUGUGCGAUACCAAUUGGGGAGGCAUACUCUGCGAUCAAGAAUUCUUGAAAANCGGUGAACGUUGCGAAAUCGUGGAGCAUCCGUGUGCGACGCAGCCAUGCAAAAACGGUGGAACCUGCACGCUCAAAGAAUCAACACUACCUAAUGUAACAACGUUGCCGACAUAUCGUUCGAUGCGCGGCAUGAGCUCAGCCAUGGGUAAACCAGUUAGCCGACGCGAUUCAUUGCUAGGACUGGCAGGAUUAAGCAGCACUGCGACGGCAACAACAACACCAACUGGUACAGGUGGCACGAUGGACGGCCCAAGUGGCAGUGCGGGUGAUGGCCGCGGAAAUAGCACGAGCGCCGUGAAUGCACUUGCUGCGGCGGCUAAAUUGCUACCUAGCGGUGGUGGAGGGGUUGCUAAUCCAGCGCUAGCCACAUCCAUGUUAAUGCAACUACAACAGUAUCACAACAGCGGCAGUGGUGGCAUUGGCAGCGGUACUGGCACGAGCAAUCUACUGCAUUCGCAUCAUUCGAUAGGCCAUCGACUGCAACAGAUACCACCAAUUGGCGAAUACACUUGUGCCUGUGCGCCUGGCUGGACGGGACCAUCAUGUGAAAUCAGUAAGUACGAGUAUGUAUGUAUAUGUUAGC